ACGACCACCACCAGCACACAUCCGCAUUUUGCUACCCUGAGCUUUGCUCGACCUGUAUCUCUUGCUCGACGGGAUCGCUAUAUCUGCCUUGACAUACUUUGUUGGGCUAUAUAUCCUCAAAAGCAACUGCUCAUUUGCUGAAGUGGUUCAAAUCAUACCUGCAUAUAGUGCAAUAGCCUGACAAAAUGGCGUCCUUUGAAGACUACGAUGAAUUCGGCAAUUACAUUGGCGCGGACAUUGACUCGGACGAUGAAGAGGAGAUCUCUCAGCCGUACGCGCAGCAGCAGCGGGAACCGUCUGCCCAACCACUUGAGGGCUUCGACGAUGUGCUUAUGGAAGCUGCCGACGAGGGUGCGCUGAUGCAGGUAGACGAGCCCGUACAUAAUGCCGUAAUUCUACACGAGGACAAGCAGUAUUAUCCUACUGCCCAACAAGUUUAUGGCGAGGAUGUCGAGACCCUGGUCCAGGAAGAAGAUGCCCAACCGCUGUCAGAGCCCAUUGUUGCUCCUAUCAAGGUUCGCAGAUGGACGGUGGAGGAGAAGAACAUGCCAGAAACGCGCUUCGACAAAGGAUUCCUUCUGCAGAUGACUGGAUUCACCGAGUUUGUGCGGAAUGUCGCGGUAGUCGGCCAUCUUCACCAUGGCAAAACUGCGUUGAUGGAUAUGCUAGUCUUCGAGACGCAUAAGAUGGACUGGGAUUCUGACAAUCAGACCCGGUACACCGACACCCAUGUUCUGUCAAGAGAACGAGGUAUCUCCAUCAAGUCCUCGCCCAUGUCGUUGAUUCUUCAGAACAGCUACGGGAAGUCACACCUCAUUCACCUCAUUGACACACCUGGACACGUGAACUUCGUUGAUGAGGUUGCGCCCGCUAUACGGCUGGUGGAUGGUGUCGUCUUAGUGGUUGAUGUCGUCGAGGGGGUUAUGUGCAACACAGAAGCUAUCAUCCGCCAUUGCUUGCAAGAGGGUGUGAAGAUGACCCUCGUCAUUAACAAGAUUGACCGCCUCAUACUUGAACUACGUAUCAAGGCUGCAGAUGCGUUUUACAAGAUCAAGCACACCCUCGAGGAAAUUAAUACCUUCAUCAGUGGUAUCAACCCCGAUCCUGAUCUCCGUCUCAGCCCAGAGAACGGCAAUGUGGCGUUCGCCAGCACCGACAUGCACUGGUGUUUCACCCUGCGGUCGUUUGCACAGAUGUAUGCGGACACCUAUGGCUCUCUGGACGUUGACGCGUUCGCAGACCGCCUCUGGGGGGAUAUUUACUUCGAUGCCGAGACUCGUAAGUUCACCCGCAAGCAAGCGGAUCCCGAGCAGAAUCGAACCUUUGUCCACUUCAUUCUCGAACCGCUCUACAAACUCUACAGCCAAGUGCUAAGUGAAGAGACCGACAAUCUGAAGGGCACUCUCGAGGGCCUCGGCAUUCACCUCAAGCCGGUCUUGUAUAAGAUGGAUGUACGACCCUUAUUGAAAGCCGUGCUUGACCAGUUCUUUGGGCCGGCAAAGGGCUUGGUGGACAUGAUCGUGGAACAUAUCCCGUCGCCCCUCGCAGCUACUGCUGACAAGGUUCGACGAACAUAUACUGGUCCCAUGAACAGCGAGCUAGUGCAGGCCAUGGAGAAAUGUGACCCGGAAGGCCCAUUGAUGAUCAGCGUUACCAAAUUAUACCAUACGACCGAUGCCCAGUCAUUCAGGGCAUUCGGCCGUGUCAUCAGCGGUACCCUCAGGAAAGGUGUCGAUGUCAAAGUCCUCGGUGAAGGCUACUCGCCUGAAGAUGAGGAAGACAUGGUCAAGGCCGUCGUUGAGGAUAUCUGGAUCAGCGAGGCGCGGUACUUCGUCCCUGCGGAGGAAGUCGUCGCCGGUAACCUUGUUUUACUUGGUGGUGUCGACGCAUCGAUCUCGAAGACUGCAACGAUUGCAGCGACGAACCUUGAGGACGAUCUCUACAUCUUCCGACCAAUUAAGCACAUGACGCAGUCUGUUCUCAAGAUCGCUAUAGAGCCCAUUGCACCGUCGGAGCUGCCCAAAAUGUUGUCUGGUCUCCGGAGCAUUAACAAAUCGUACCCCUUGGUUGCGACAAAGGUCGAGGAGAGCGGUGAGCAUGUUCUGAUCGGUACGGGUGAGCUGUACCUCGACUGCGUCAUGCACGAUCUACGGCGACUGUUCUCGGAGAUUGAGAUCAAAGUCUCGGACCCUGUUACUAAGUUCUGCGAGACUGUACUCGAGACUAGUGCCUUGAAAUGCUAUGCAGACACACCAAACAAGAAAAACCGGAUUACCAUGAUCGCCGAGCCACUGGAACGCGGUAUUGCAGAGGAUGUCGAGAGCGGCCGCGUUACCAUGCGUAUGACUCCCAAAGAGCGGGGCAAGUUCUUCGAGGAGAAGUACCAAUGGGAUUUGCUUGCGUCACGGUCUAUCUGGGCGUUUGGUCCCGACGACAGCGGCCCGAAUGUCUUGCUUGAUGACACUCUGCCGUCGCAGGUGGACAAGAAAUUGCUCGGUACCGUUAAGCAGCAUAUUACGCAAGGCUUCCAGUGGGGUGCGCGUGAAGGCCCUCUUUGCGACGAGCCUAUGCGGAAUGUUAAAUUCCGAAUCCUUGACGCAAGCCUGGCACAAGAGCCAAUUUUCCGAGGUGGUGGACAGAUUGUACCCACGGCACGUCGUGUUUGCUACUCAUCGUUCCUGAUGGCAACGCCGCGUCUAAUGGAACCGGUCUACUUUGUUGAAGUACAAGCGCCCGCAGACUGCAUAUCGGCGGUUUACACCGUGUUGGCACGCCGGCGUGGUCACGUCACACAAGAUAUCCCGAAAGCCGGCUCUCCAUUGUACACUGUCAAGGCUCUGAUCCCUGUCAUUGACGCAAACGGCUUCGAGACUGACCUCCGGACGGCGACGCAAGGUCAGGCGUUCUGCUUGCAGAUGUUCGACCACUGGUCGAUUGUGCCCGGUGAUCCCACCGACACGAGCAUUAAGCUUCGGCCGCUUGAGCCUGCAUCUGGUCAGGCGUUGGCGAGGGACCUCGUGCUCAAGACGAGAAGGCGAAAAGGUCUAGGCGACCAAAUUGCCGUGUCAAAAUACUUGGACGACGAAUUCGUGCUCGCGCUGUCUGCGUCUGGACAUGCGGAUCUUUUAGGCUGAAAAGUAGUGUCUGAGGUUGUCGUGCUGCAGUGUCUUCUUACUGUAUAUGAAACAUAUUUCCAGAGUCAAACAUUGCUGAGAGCUGUGA